AUGUCACCGGCACUUGCAUCCGGCGGCUCCGCCUCGAAGGAGUUCAAGAAAGAGUCAACCGCGGCAAGAUUGACGGGAGCAGGAUGCGCUGGUAUCGCCGAGUUGGCCGUCUUCCACCCCGUUGACACCACCGCGAAGAGAUUGAUGAGCAACCAGGGCAAGAUCAGCUCUGCCUCGCAGCUCAACGCCGUCGUCUUCAAGGACAAGGCUGGCGCCGCUCUUCCCACCCGUCUUUUCUCUCUGUUCCCCGGUCUCGGAUAUGCGGCUGCCUACAAGGUCCUUCAAAGGGUGUACAAGUACGGCGGUCAGCCCUUCGUUAGGGACUACCUGGCCAAGAACCACGGCGACAAGUUCGACAACGCCUUCGGUAAGGGUACCGGCAAGGCUAUCAUGCACGCCACUGCGGGCAGUUUGAUUGGUAUUGGUGAGAUCUGUAUUCUUCCGCUCGAUGUCCUCAAGAUCAAGCGCCAGACGAACCCCGAGGCUUUCAGGGGACGCGGUCUCAUCCGUAUCAUCAAGGACGAGGGUUUCGGUCUUUACAGGGGUUGGGGUUGGACUGCUGCUCGUAACGCGCCCGGCUCGUUCGCGCUUUUCGGAGGAUCUGCCUUUGCCAAGGAGUACAUCUACAAGCUCACGGACUACAACAAGGCCACCUGGGGACAGAACUUUGUCGCGUCGAUUGCCGGUGCCAGCGCAUCUCUCGUUGUCUCGGCCCCUCUCGAUGUGAUCAAGACGCGCAUUCAGAACCGCAACUUCGAGAACCCGGAGAGCGGAUUCCGCAUCGUGUCGAACAUGAUGAAGAACGAGGGUUUCACUAGCUUCUUUAAGGGUUUGACGCCCAAGCUCCUGAUGACUGGACCCAAGCUCGUCUUCUCGUUCUGGUUGGCGCAAACGCUGAUCCCGGUGUUCGACAAACUCAUGUGA